AUGAGCCGAUAUCAGCCCUCCAGCUACGGGGAGCCACCAUCGUAUCCUGACGAGGCGAACCCGUUUCUCUCUGAGCAGGACUCUCCGAUACAUAAUGGUGCUAGUAUGAGAUUGUUGCCCACCGGUAGCGACCUGGAUGACGACUAUGGUGGAAAUCCACGAGGCCCACCGCACUACCAGCCUGCAGCAUAUGAUUCUCCGUACGUUUUCCCCUUGAUGUAA